GGUGCGAUUAGGGUUUAUCUCCUCACGCCGCAGCCUCCUUCGAGCCGAACCCAACCAAAGGAGAAAGGCGAACGCGGCGUUGUCGGCGGCGGCGGCGGCGGCGGCCGAAGAUGUCGGAGAAGAAGCGUGGUCCCGGCACCCGCAAGGAUGAGGUGGUGACACGCGAGUACACCGUCAACCUCCACAAGCGCCUCCACGGAUGCACCUUCAAGAAGAAAGCGCCAAAUGCCAUCAAGGAGAUCAGGAAGUUCGCGCAGAAGGCCAUGGGCACAACAGAUGUCCGGAUCGAUGUGAAGCUCAACAAGCACAUCUGGAGCAGUGGUAUCCGGAGCGUGCCAAGGCGAGUACGUGUCAGAAUUGCCCGAAAGAGAAACGACGAGGAAGACGCUAAGGAGGAACUCUACUCACUGGUCACAGUUGCUGAGAUUCCCCAAGAAGGCCUCAAAGGUUUGGGAACUAAGGUUGUUGAGGAUGAGGACUAAGCCUCCAACUAUUUGCAUUUCGUGCAUACCUCUGCCGUUAGCUAAAUUUGGGGGUCUUGGUUUAGCUUAUUUUAUCUACUGUUGAUGACUUCUGUAAAAGAAGAUUCCAGAUGAUGCUUAUUUCUUUGAAAUGCCUGAAAUUUUGA